CUCUGGGCCUGUGGUGGAGGGAGCCUGGGCUGGCCGCCUGACUACUGGGUGUCUGGAGUCAGAGAAGCAGAGCCAGUGUUUCGGGAUUGGCGUCAAGAGUGGGAGGAGAUGCCUGGGUUCCGGGCGAAGGCCACACGGGCAAGCUGUGGGGCAGGGGCCCCGUAGACUGCCCCUCCUGAGCUCUGAGAGGGCAAGCAGGGGUCCCAGGAAGCAGAGGAGGCGCUCCCGUAGACGGGAUGAUUCCCGUGGCAGAGUUCAAGCAGUUCACGGAGCAGCAGCCCGCCUUCAAGGUGCUCAAACCCUGGUGGGACGUGCUGGCCGAGUACCUCACGGUGGCUAUGCUCAUGAUCGGGGUCUUCGGCUGCACCCUCCAGGUGACCCAGGACAAGAUCAUCUGUCUGCCCAGUCACGAACCCCGGGAGAACUUAUCGGAGGCCCCAUGCCAGCAACUGCUGCCUCGGGGGGUCUCGGAGCAGAUGGGGGAUCUCCGGGAGGUGAGCGGCCUCAAGAACAACCUGGACCUGCAGCAGUACAGCUUCAUUAACCAGCUCUGCUAUGAGACGGCCCUACACUGGUAUGCCAAGUACUUCCCCUACCUGGUCGUCAUCCACACGCUCAUCUUCAUGGUCUGCACCAGCUUCUGGUUCAAAUUCCCUGGCACCAGCUCCAAGAUUGAGCACUUCAUCUCUAUCCUGGGCAAGUGUUUCGACUCACCGUGGACCACGCGGGCCCUGUCUGAGGUCUCUGGGGAGAACCACAAGGGCCCCACCGCUGGGCGGGCAAUGGUGACCGUGGCAGCUGCUGCCGGGCCGGGGAAGGCUGGUGAGGGUGAGAAGGAGAAGGUGCUGGUGGAGCCCGAGAAGGUGGUGACUGAGCCACCAGCUGUCACCCUGCUGGACAAGAAGGAGGGUGAGCAGGCCAAAGCCCUGUUCGAGAAAGUCAAGAAAUUCCGCGUGCAUGUGGAAGAGGGGGACAUCUUGUACACCAUGUACAUCCGGCAGAUGGUGCUCAAGGUCUGCAAGUUCUUUGCCAUCCUGGUCUACAACCUUGUCUACGUGGAGAAGAUCAGCUUCCUGGUGGCCUGCAGGGUGGAGACCUCAGAGGUCACGGGCUACGCCAGCUUCUGCUGUAACCAUACCAAAGCCCACCUCUUCUCCAAGCUGGCUUUCUGCUACAUCUCCUUCGUGUGCGUCUAUGGCAUCACCUGCCUCUACACGCUCUACUGGCUUUUCCACCGGCCCCUCAAGGAGUACUCCUUCCGGUCUGUGCGGGAGGAGACGGGCAUGGGGGACAUCCCCGACGUCAAGAACGACUUUGCCUUCAUGCUGCACCUCAUUGACCAGUACGACUCGCUUUACUCGAAGCGCUUUGCUGUCUUCCUCUCUGAGGUCAGCGAAAGCCGCCUGAAACAGCUCAACCUCAACCACGAGUGGACAGCUGAGAAACUGCGGCAGAAACUGCAGCGCAACGCCCGGGGCCGGCUGGAGCUGGCCCUCUGCAUGCUCCCGGGACUGCCUGACACGGUCUUCGAGCUCAGCGAGCUGGAGGCACUGCGGCUGGAGGCCAUCUGCGACAUCACCUUCCCCCCGGGCCUCUCGCAGCUGGUGCACCUGCAGGAGCUUAGCCUGCUCCACUCACCUGCCAGGCUGCCCUUCUCCUCCCAGGUCUUCCUGCGGGACCGCCUGAAAGUCAUCCGGGUCAAGUGCGAGGAGCUCCGCGAGGUGCCCCUCUGGGUGUUCGGACUGCGGGGCCUGGACGAGCUGCAUUUGGAGGGGCUCUUUCCCCCGGAGCUGGCCCGGGCGGCGACCCUCGAAAGCCUCCGGGAGCUGAAGCAGCUGAAGGUGCUGUCUCUGCGGAGCAACGCCGGUAAGGUGCCAGCCAGCGUGACCGACGUGGCUGGGCACCUGCAACGGCUCAGCCUGCACAAUGACGGGGCCCGCCUGCUGGCACUGAACAGCCUCAAGAAGCUGGCGGUGCUUCGGGAGCUGGAGCUGGUGGCCUGUGGGCUGGAGCGCAUCCCCCACGCCGUCUUCAGUCUGGGCGCACUGCAGGAACUCGAUCUCAAGGACAACCACCUGCGGUCCAUCGAGGAGAUCCUCAGUUUCCAGCACUGCCGCAAGCUGGUCACGCUCCGGCUGUGGCACAACCAGAUUGCCUAUGUCCCCGAGCACGUGAGGAAGCUUCGGGGCCUCGAACAGCUCUAUCUCAACCACAACAAGCUGGAGACCCUACCCCCGCAGCUAGGCAUGUGCUCCGGUCUCCGCCUGCUGGACGUCUCCCACAAUGGGCUGCGCUCCCUGCCGGCCGAGCUGGGCCUCCUCCAGAACCUGCAGCACCUGGCUCUCUCCUACAAUGCCCUGGAGUUCCUGCCCGAUGAGCUCUUCUCCUGCCGCAAGCUGCGGACAUUGCUCCUUGGAUACAACCACCUGCGCCAGCUCUCGCCCCAGGUGGGGGCCCUCAGGGCCCUCAGCCGCCUAGAACUCAAGGGCAACCAGCUAGAGGCACUGCCCGAAGAACUCGGCCACUGUGGAGGGCUCAAGAAGGCAGGGAUACUGGUGGAGGACACCCUUUAUGAGGGGCUGCCGGCAGAGGUGCGGGACAGGAUGGAGGUGGAUUGAAGCCAGGAGGGGCAGGUGGAGAUAGAGGCCUUCCGGAUGCUACCUCAUCUCCAAGGGAGGUGGCCAAGUGGGUUCAGGUCAGGAGACGGGGAGCAGACAUAUCAGGCUGCUGGGGCCUAGGCAAGAUCCCGGGACUGGUUUGUCUGGGGAGAGAUGGGAGGCCAUGGAUUUGGGGUUGAGCAGAAUGGAGGGAUUAACUCAGUCAUCAGAUUCUCAGACCAAAACCACACCUGUGUCUUUGGCUGGCUGGCUUGCUCCCAGCCCUGGGCCAGAACUCCUGCCCUCCCCCGUCUAAUUCAAACAGUGCCACGUAUGGGGGGGUGGGCACAUCCCAAUGGGAUUUCAAUCCUCUCCCCUGACCAGAACAGCUUAUAUCUGGAGUUCUCUCCCAAGGAGGGGACACAGACGCAAGGGACUGGCUCCUCCUACCCCUAACUUUGAUGCUAAUCUCCUAUUUAUGAGUUGUUUGCCACAGACAUGUGAAUUCAGAAAAAUGGUUCUCAUAUUUGGCAAUUCCUCAAAAUCAACAUCCCCCAAACAAAACAUUCCAGGCCCCACCCCUGAAAGACUGACUCAGGAGGCUUGGCUGGAGGUCAGGAACUUGUCUGUAAAUAUAAGCAUCCCAGGUAAUUCUGAUGCAGGUGGUUCCAGGCCUGUAUGUUGAGAAGUGUUGGCCUACAGAGCAGAUAUCUGGGUGUCUAGAUUAGGGAUUCUGAACUUCUUUUUUGGUCCCUAGACCCUUUGAGAAAUCUGAUAAAAGGUGGGCAUCUCCUUCCUCAGGAAAAUGCUCAUGAACACAUGCAUGAAAAGUUCUGCAAACAACUUCAGGCAUUUUAACAGAUUCCUCCAGAACCCCCAGAGGGCUAGUCAGGGACACCCUAAGGAUUGUGGACCCCAGGUUAAGAACACCUGCUGUGGAAGGUACAUUUUUCUAAGGACAGGCAGGGACUUUGUCUUUCAAAUGUUCCCCAUGUGAGGAAGUGUACAUCAGUGAGCGCUCAAUAAAUAAUACUAUGAGAACUGUAA